AUGGCAAUCACAAUAUAGAAAUAUUGGAGGGGUUACUUUGCUAGGAAGAGGCUGACUUACUAAAAAAUAUUAGAAUCGAUUCCUUAAAAAACUAUUCACACCAAUGAAGUUGAUCAACAAGAGUAAUUUGAAUCUGGAAUAACUAUAAACUAAGAUGAAUUUGAGAAAGAAACACGAAAACCUUAUAAGUACAAAAUAAAAAGUAUAAGAUUUAAAGGAGGGGCAGUUUAUACUGGAGAAUGGAAAGGAUAAGCUAGGGAUGGAAUAGGUAUAUAAGUCUGGCCAGAUGGAGCAAAAUAUCAAGGAGAAUGGAAACAUAACAAAGCUUAAGGAAAAGGGAAAUUUACCCAUUCCAAUGGUGAUACUUAUGAAGGAGAUUGGGAGAAUGAUAUGGCAAAUGGGUAUGGAAUCUAUUUACAUGUUAAUGGAGCAAAAUAUGAAGGAUAGUGGUUCAAUGAUAAAUAACAUGGAUAUGGUUAUGAAGUAUGGCCAGAUGGGUCAUCAUAUCAAGGGUUCUUUCAGAACAGUUUUAAACAUGGGAAGGGUAAAUACAUUUGGCCGUCAGGAUAAUAUUUUGAAGGAGACUGGGUUUACAACAAAUUAUGCGGUUUUGGUGUUCUAAUUUGGUCAGAUGGAAGAAAAUAUGAAGGGGAAUUCUAGAAUAACAACAUGCAUGGUAAAGGAACUUACAAUUGGCCAGAUGGGAGAAAAUAUUAUGGGUAAUAUUUUAACGACUAAAAAAAUGGUUAUGGAAUAUAUGAAUGGAAUGACGGAAGACGAUAUGAAGGAGAAUGGGAAAAUGGAAAAUAGCAUGGAAAAGGGCUCUAUAUUGUUGGGGAAAUUGAAAGAACUGGAGAAUGGUUGAAUGGAAAACGGAUUAGAUGGGAUGAUGAGAAGAAAACUAAUUAGAAGAAAUGA